AUGACAGAGAAAGGAGAUCAGCUGGACCGGGAAACCUUCUCUUGCUCGAUCUGUCUGGAUCUACUGAAGGAUCCGGUGACUAUUAACUGUGGGCACAGCUACUGCAUGAACUGUAUUAAAAACUUCUGGGAUGAAGAGGAUGAGAAGAAAAUCCACAGCUGCCCUCAGUGCAGGCAGACCUUCACACCGAGGCCUGUCCUGGGUAAAAACACCAUGUUAGCAGCUUUAGUGGAGCAGCUAAAGAAGACUGGACUCCAAGCUGCUCCUGCUGAUCUCUGCAAUGCUGGACCUGAAGAUGUGGCCUGUGAUUUCUGCACUGGGAGGAAGCUAAAAGCCUUGAAAUCUUGUCUUAAUUGCCCAGCCUCUUACUGUGAGAAACACCUCCAGCUUCACUAUGAUGCAACUCCAUUUAAAAAACACAAGCUGGUCGAACCCUCCAAAACACUCCAGGAGAACAUCUGCUCUUGUCAUGAUAAGGUGAUGGAGAUAUUCUGCCGUACUGAUCAGCAGAGUAUCUGUUCUCUCUGCUCUGUGGAGGAACAUAAAGGCCACGACACAAUCUCAGCUGCAGCAGAAAGGACUGAGAGGCAGAGAGAGCUCGAGACCAGUCGACAAAACAUCCAGCAGAGAAUCCAGGACAGAGAGAAAGAUGUGAAGCUGCUUCAACAGGAGGUGGGGGCCAUAAGUCGCUCUUCUGAUAAAGCAGUGGAGGACAGUGAGAAGAUCUUCACUGAGCUGAUCCGUCUCAUCCAGAAAAGAAGCUCUGAUGUGAAGCAGCAGAUCAGAUCCCAACAGGAAACUGAAAUGAGUCGAGUCAAAGAGCUUCAGGAGAAGCUGCAGCAGGAGAUCACUGAGCUGAAGAGGAAAGACGCUGAACUGAAGCAACUCUCAUACACAGAGGAUCACAACCAGUUUCUACACAACUACCCCUCACUGUCACAAUUCAGUGAACUUACAGACUCAUCGAGCAUCAAUAUCCGUCCUCUGAGAUACUUUGAGGAUGUGACAGCAGCUGUGUCAGAGCUCAGAGAUAAACUACAGGACAUCCUGACAGAGAAAUGGACAGACAUCUCACUGACAGUCACUGAAGUGGACGUUUUACUGUCACAACCAGAGCCCAAGACCAGAGCUGAGUUCUUAAAAUAUUCAUGUGAAAUCACACUGGAUCCAAACACUGCAAACAAUUGGCUGUUAUUAUCUGAGGGAAACAGAAAAGCAACAUCCAUACAUAAAGAACAGUCUUACUCUCGUCAUCCAGACAGGUUCACUAGAUUGAUUCAGGUCCUGAGCAGAGAGAGUCUGACUGGACGUUGUUACUGGGAGGUGGAGUGGAGCGGGUUAGGAGUUUAUAUAGCAGUCACAUACAAGAAUAUCAGCAGAGUAGGGAACUCAAAUGAAUGUAAAUUUGGACACAAUGACAAAUCUUGGGGAUUAGCUUGUGACAAUAACCGUUAUGAGUUUUUGUUCAACAACAUCUCACCUCCCGUCUCAGGUCCUCGUUCCUCCAUAGUCGGAGUGUACCUGGAUCACACAGCAGGUAUUCUGUCCUUCUACAGCGUCUCUGAAACCAUGACUCUCCUCCACAGAGUCCAGACCACAUUCACUCAGCCUCUCUAUGCUGGAGUUUUGCUUUAUUGGUAUGGAAGCACAGCUGAGUUCUGUAAAAUCAGAGCUCAAACUAGUUUCACUGAGAAAUUGAGAGUCACACAGUUGUUGCUACUGAGAGUAGAAAUGGCAGAGAAAGGAGAUCAGCUGGACCGGGAAACCUUCUCUUGUUCGAUCUGUCUGGAUCUACUGAGGGAUCCAGUGACUAUUCCCUGUGGACACAGCUACUGCAUGAGCUGUAUUAAAAACUUCUGGGAUGGAGAGGAUCAGAAGAAAAUCCACAGCUGCCCUCAGUGCAUGCAGACCUUCACACCGAGGCCUGUUCUGGGUAAAAACACCAUGUUAGCAGCUUUAGUGGAGCAGCUGAAGAAGACUGGACUCCAAGCUGCUCCUGCUGAUCACUGCUAUGCUGGACCUGAAGAUGUGGCCUGUGAUGUCUGCACUGGGAGGAAGCUGAAAGCCUUCAAAUCUUGUCUGAAUUGUCCAGCCUCUUACUGUGAGAAACACCUCCAGCCUCACUAUGAUGUAGCUCCAUUAAAGAAACACAAGCUAGUCGAACCCUCCAAAACACUCCAGGAGAACAUCUGCUCUCGUCAUGAUAAGGUGAUGGAGAUUUUCUGCCGUACUGAUCAGCAGAGUAUCUGUUCUUUCUGCUCUGUGGAGGAACAUAAAGGCCACGACACAAUCUCAGCUGCAGCAGAAAGAACUGUGAGACAGAGAGAGCUCGAGGCCAGUCGACAAAACAUCCAGCAGAGAAUCCAGGAUAGAGAGAAAGAUGUGAAGCUGCUUCAACAGGAGGUGGUGGCUGUCACUCGCUCCGCUGAUAAAGCAGUGGAGGACAGUGAGAAGAUCAUCACUGAGCUGAUCUGUCUCAUCCAGAAAAGAAGCUCAGAUGUGAAGCAGCAGAUCAGAUCCCAGAUGGAAACUGAAGUGAGUCGAGUCAAAGAGCUUCAGGAGAAACUGCAGCAGGAGAUCACUGAGCUGAAGAGGAAAGACGCUGAACUGAAGCAACUCUCAUACACAGAGGAUCACAAUCAGUUUCUACACAACUACCCCUCACUGUCACAACUCGUUGAACAAACAGAUUCAUCCAGCAUCGAUGUCCGUCCUCUGAGAUACUUUGAGGAUGUGACAGCAGCUGUGUCAGAGCUCAGACAUAAACUACAGGACAUCCUGACAGAGAAAUGGACAGACAUCUCACUGACCAUCACUGAAGUGGACGUUUUACUGCCACAAACAGAGCCCAAGAUCAGAGCUGGAUUCUUGAAAUAUUCAUGUGAAAUCACACUGGAUCCAAACACAGCAUACAGCAGUCUGUUAUUAUCUGAGGGAAACAGAAAAGCAACACGCAUGGGUAAAGAUCAGUCUUACUCUAGUCACCCAGACAGAUUCACUGGAAAGAUUCAGGUCCUGAGUAGAGAGAGUCUGACUGGACGUUGUUACUGGGAGGUGGAGUGGAGUGGGAGAGGAGUUUAUGUAGCAGUCGCAUACACGAAUAUCAGCAGAGGAGGGAGCUCAAAUGAAUGUGGAUUUGGACACAAUGAUAAAUCUUGGGCAUUAUAUUGUGACAAAAACACUUAUAAGUUUUGGUUCAACAACAUCUCAACUCCCGUCUCAGGUCCUUGUUCCUCCAGAGUCGGAGUGUACCUGGAUCACACAGCAGGUAUUCUGUCCUUCUACAGCGUCUCUGAAACCAUGACUCUCCUCCACAGAGUCCAGACCACAUUCACUCAGCCUCUCUAUGCUGGAGUUAGGGUUCAUUGGUAUGGAGACACAGCUGAGUUUUGUAACCUCAAAUAGACAGAAACCAUUUCAGACUUCAUG